AUGGCCGCUGGUACGGGACCGUUCCGUCCCAUUCCAAGCCACGACCGAACCAGAUCCUACUCCACGCUUCCAGACGUCGCACUAUCGCCGACGCAUCUCUUCGCCGAUUCAAUCUACGAGAUAGAAGUUCUGCGACUCGAUCAUACGAGUGAGGCAGCUCACGAUGACCGUCUCAUCGCCGAUGCCCUCGACCUGGGCAUUCUCGAGGCCGAAAUUCCCAUUGCGAUUCGCGAUCACUCCUUCGGCACCGCCUGGACGGCGUCAACUCCAUCGGACUGUUCGUCCGUGUCCGCGCAUUCAGGGCUGGCCAGCUCUGGAUCCACCGCCAUUACCUCCGCGUCCUCUCGUACAUCAAGAGACCACCCACCUCGAAUAACAUUGCAGACGAGACUACCGAGUGCAGCACAGGGCACCAGCGUGCGACAAUCCAUGGCAUCGAUUGCCAGCGACAGCCAGGAUGCAAUGCAACGUUCUGGCACUCCAGCAAGCCGUUUCAGCAGCAGCUCUCGAAGUUCAAGACCGGUCCGGCGCAGCUUGAGCUUACUGCGGCGCGGAUCAACCGCGUCAAAAGCGACUACCAUAGAGGAUGAGCCACCCGACCAACCGUUCGAGCACGUAGAUCGUUCUGCUUCCCGCAACUCGAAGGGAGCAUUUGGACGAAUCUUCGGCAUUCGAGCAUCAUAUUCCUCAAACCGAACCACCCACACGAAGAAGAUAUCACACUCCGCUCCAGCGUCUGGUCGGAGUACGCCGAUCCAGGAGCGCUCGAUGUCUCCUUAUCUUCGCCCAAUGGCUCCCUUACACGAAGACCCAACUUCCGCUACUCCAGUGCGAUUUCACUCGCGAAGUAUCUCAACCCCGCUUCUACACACGAUCGUCAUCUCCCAUCCCGAACUCCAUACCCUUCACAACAGUACCCAAGGGCAGCUUCGACGAUUCCAACAUUUCCACCUGCAACAGUGUGCCACCCUUCGGCACUGCCGUACGCUCGCGCUCCGCUCGAUUUUCCAUUCCCACAUACGAGGACUCGUGCCCAUGCAAAACACGCACACGAGCAACCUCCUUACUCUCGAGGAUCGACAGCUCGAAGAAGAGGUCACCCUCGUGGAGGAACUGGAAUCGAGCACCCAGAGCCUGGAAAAGCAACUCCGGUGGCGUCGCGAUUUCGUCGGUUCUGGCCGCGACGUGAGUAAUGAAGAGCGCACGCGGCUACAGCGAUCGGAGCGCGAGUGGGCCGACAUCGACACCACGAAUCGAAAGACGGUCAACCGGCUACGGAUGAAACAGGAGCGGUCGCGGGAUAAUAUGGUGCGCUCACAGCGGGAGCAGAUCGGGGCGCUGGAGAAACGGAUGCGGGACCAGGUGGCGGAGACGCUGAAGUGUUAUCGGGGAUAUGAGCAGCGGCUUGCCGAGUUGUAUGAGGGACGAAGGAAGCGCGUCAAUGGACGGUGGGAGUUGGAGAUCCUAAUGUGGGCGAAGCUGGAGGGUAAAGAGGGUAUGGCGAAUUUAGGACAGGUGUCCGUGUUGAAGUGGCCGGAGACGUUCGAUCGACCGAAACGAACGGCAUGA